ACUCGCCUCCCGCGUGUGCUUGUUUUCCCGCGCGAGCGCUGUGAUCACGUGACCAUUUCGUUGUUUCGUUCGGUUUGAUUAUCAAGGAUGGCGGACAAAGAUGAGGGCGAAAAAACAAUCGCCGAGGACUUGGUGGUCACCAAGUAUAAAAUGGCAGGAGACAUCGUUAAUCGAAUUUUGAAGCAAUUGGUCGACAAGUGCGUGGUCGGCGCAUCCGUGAGAGAAAUCUGCGAGUGGGGAGACAAACAAAUUUUAGAAGAAACGAGCAAAGUAUUUAAAAAGGAGAAAGAACUCAAGAAAGGAAUUGCCUUCCCUACGUGCAUAUCCAUCAAUAACUGCAUUUGCCACUAUUCUCCAGUUGCCAGCGAGCCCGAUUAUCUUAUUAAGGAUGAGGACCUGGUCAAAAUUGACUUGGGAGCCCAUGUUGAUGGUUUCAUUGCAGUGGUUGCCCACUCUCUGGUUGUUGGAGCAAGCAAUGAAAGAAAGGUCACCGGCAAAAAGGCGAAUGUAAUGCUGGCUGCCCACCUUGCAUCCCAAGCGGCCCUUCGACUACUUAAGCCUGGAAAUGAGACAUAUGCGAUAACAGAGGCAGUGCAAAAGGUGGCCGAGGCAUACAAGUGCAAGCCCAUCGAAGGCAUGCUUAGUCACCAGCUGAAGCAAUUCAAAAUCGACGGUGAGAAGACAAUUAUUCAAAAUCCGAACGAUGCUCAGAGGAAGGAGCACGAGAAGUUUGAAAUCGGGCCCAACGAGGUCUACGCCAUGGAUGUGCUUAUCAGCACAGGGGAAGGAGUGGGACGCGAAGGUGAUGCUAGAGUCUCUAUCUUCAAGAGAACAGAAGAAACCUAUCAGCUGAAGCUGAAGGCGUCUCGCAUGUUCUAUGCGGAAAUUUCCAACAAGUAUGGAACCAUGCCCUUCAACUUAAGGCUGCUGCAGGAAGAGGGCAAGGCACGAAUGGGUGUUGUUGAGUGCCUAAGCCACAAGCUGAUCGAUCCCUUCCAGGUUCUCUAUGAGAAACCAAAUGAGUUAGUAGCUCAUUUUAAGUUUACGGUUCUCCUCAUGCCCAAUGGUCCUCACCGCAUCACUGGUUUUAACUUCGAGCCUGAAUUUUACCAGUCUGAGCUUAGUGUUGAAGAUCCAGAGAUUAAGUCUCUUCUAAAUCAAUCAGCAAACCCUAAAUCUGCCAAGAAAAAGAAGAAGAAGGCAGGGAAAGCUUUGGCUGGUGAGGUUGGUGAAGAUUCGAAGGAGGAAACAGAUGCAUAGAGCAGCACGACCAUUUGAUGAGAGUGUCGUUCUACUUAUGUGGCUGAUGAAUUCCGUUAUUCAAAAUAAAUUUUUCAGUAUAAACAUAAA